CUGCCUCUGGGAAGCGCGGACCUUGUGGGGCGGGGGUGGUGGGGAGCGUGGCGGGGCUGGGCAGAGUGCCAGCGACCGCCGGGGCCAGAGCCUUUCCUAGGAAGGAGGCCGUCCGCUUUGCAGCCCAGCUCGGAUCUGCGGCCCCCAGACGGCUUCCCGCCCGUAUUCCCCCGGGUCCGUCCCUCUGUCCCACGGUCAGCGGGUUCACGGAGCCUUCUGGAGGCUUUGGGCUCUGGGCACUGUAUGGGAGGCAACAUCAGGCCCAUGGCGGCAGUGGCCCUGUCCAGUCUGGCGGUGCGGCUGUCGCGCUCAACCGCGACCCGCGACUCAUACCGCGCCUUCUGCAAGGGGCUCACGCGCACGCUGCUCACCUUCUUCGACCUGGCCUGGCGGCUGCGCAUGAACUUCCCCUACUUCUACAUCGUGGCCUCGGUGAUGCUCAACGUCCGCCUGCAGGUACAUAUUUAGAGCCACUCACUUUGUGGCAUCUGGGGAUCCCUCUGGAAGGAUGGCUGACUUCUACCUAGCAGCGCACCCACCGUAGAGCAAAGCGACCACUUCUGACGGCACUUGCAGAUUUGCCAGUCUUUCCAUCGCCUUAUCUUUUAUUAUAAAUGGGCGGCCAAAAAAAAAAAAAUCAGCAUUUGCAGAAAGCCUGCAACAUAACUGAAAAAGCCUAAGAUAAAACGAAAAGUUGACUCCCAAGGAAAUAAAUAAUUCAAGGAACAGAAAAGAACUUAAAAAUUUGAAAAUCCUCAGAAAAGUUCUUGCCUCCAUAAAACAAAAAACAGCACAAACUUUGGGAAAUGGCAACGGGUGCAGGAUGCAUUAAGAAAAAAAAAGUAAAGAUAACUAAAAACUUAAGGAAAGAAACUACAAGAAUGGUCCAGAUAGCACACAGAUCUUCUCAGUGUGAAUAGAAGGGAAUAGACUUCCAACCGAAUGGAAUGAAUUCAAAGCAAUAGACGGAUUGGAUAAGAAGCUGGAGGAAAUUAAUAACAUGAUCUGGAAGACACACAUUUCUUCAUCCCAAGAGAAGAAAUAAUGACAAACAGAAACUACGGGGAAAACAAACAUUUCAAACUGUACGAAACCCUCAUGCUUCAAAUAUGAAGCAACCUCAGAUGUGGCAUGGUUUUGAACAGUUGCCAGCAAUCUGAGAAAGGGAAUCUGAACACUGGUACAAAGAUCAAGACUCUGGAGUCACAGAUGAGGAAAUCCAAUCACAGCAUUCAGCUUUGCUAUUCAGUGAACCAGGUAGCCAGCAGGAGAGUUAGAAAUAGUAAUAAAGCUAUAUUCAGGGGUGGGAGAGGAGAGCCAGGAAGUCAGUAGAAAAUGCCUCAUGUCAUUAAGUCAAGAAAUAGUAAUAAAAUUAUAUAAUUUAGAAAAAGGGAGAUAAUCACUAAACAGAUAUGUGUAAAAGUUUUUGCCUCUGGGUUGGGGAACCAAGAGUUGAGAAGGCUGGACAGAGAUUUAUUGCUUUUCAUUAUAUGUCAUUUUUGUUCUAUUUGAUUUUUUAAAACUAUACACAUGUAUCGCUUUGAUUAAAAAUUAAAACUUAUUAAAAUGAAUUUACUGGAUCUAGGAAAUUUGGGGAGGGUUGGGAGUGACACUUGAGGUCGGGUAGAUUCUGAGUUAAAACACAUGCCUUCCUAACUUUCUGCAAUAGUAUAUGUAUAUACUAAAAUGUUCCUGAAUGAUCACACAAAAUAUGAUUUCUUUGACUAUUUAAACCCCUUGUUUUCCAAGCAGACCAUAGGCCAUAUGGAAAUGUUUUAAAACUAAAAAUGACCAGUAGUCUUCAAAUAACCCAGAGCUUCCUCACACUAUGAAACUUUGCAUGAUCAAAUCUGUAGAAUGUCAUAGUUAAGAUA